AUGUCAAAUGCAUCAUCAUCAUCAUCAACAUCAAAUCGAAUGGUAUCAUUUAUAAAUUCCGUACGAAGUAAACGUUCUGUUUCACCUAUAGCUCAACGUUUACUUGAAUUAUGUGUUCAUUAUCAACAACAAGAACAAAAUAAUCAAAAUAAUAUAUUAUUACCAUCAUCAUCAAAUAUCAAUCCAAUUGAUUUAAAUAAACAAUCAACAAAAAAAAUUAAAAAUUUAUUAAAACAAAUAAAUAAAUCAAAACGAAAUGGUUCUGUUGAAGAAUUUGAACGUGCUAUUUUACAUAGAGAUUCAAGAACAAGAUGUAUUACUAUACCACGAUCAUCUGAUAUUACACAUGAGCAAUUAUCAAAAUCAAAUCCAGUUGUUGAAUAUUGUCGUCUUUGGCGUUGGCCUGAUUUAGCUAAUUCAAAUGAACUUAAACCUGUUGAUUAUUGUCCAAAUGCUUUUCAUUAUACACUUGAUAAUAUUUGUAUUAAUCCAUAUCAUUAUGAACGUGUACCAAGUAUUUAUUCUGUUUAUGUUCCACUUUUACCACCUGAAACAAUGCAAAAUAUACCUGAUUUACGUUCAUCAUCAAUAAAAGAAUCAAUAAUUAAUCAAAUUCCAGAAAAUAAAACCUAUGAAGCACCAUUUCUACAACAACAACAACAACAAGAACUAUCACCAACAGCAUUAUCACCUGAAAGUAUUAAUUCACCAGAUUCUUUUCAUUCACCAUCAAGUGGUAUAAAUAAUGAUGAAAAUAUUGAAACAACAAUACCAAUGGAUCUUGAUAUUGUUCAAACAAUUCCACAAGAAGAAAAUUUUCCACAUGAACAAGUUAUUUUUCAAGAACCUCGUGAAUGGUGUCGUAUAUCUUAUUAUGAAAUGUCAAAUCGUGUUGGUGAACAAUAUCUUGCAACACAAUCUCAAGUUAUUAUUGAUGGUUAUACACAUCCAUCAGAUGCUGAACGUUUUUGUUUAGGUGGUUUAACUAAUAUUCAACGUACAAUGGAAAUUGAUAAAGCACGACGUUAUAUUGGUCGUGGUGUAAAAUUAUUUCAUAUACGUGGAAAUGUAUUUGCUGAAUGUUUAUCAGAUAAUCCUGUUUUUGUUCAAAGUCCAAUAGCAAAUAAAAAACUUUCAUGGCAUCCAGCAACUGUUUGUAGAAUUCCACCAAAUGUUCGAUGGCAAAUUUUUGAUAGUGAUGAAUUUACUCAAAUAUUAGCAAGCGCUGUACAUGAAGGUUAUGAAUCAGUUUAUAAUCUAAGAAAUAUGUGUAUUAUACGAAUGAGUUUAGUUAAAGGAUGGGGUGUUGAAUAUCGACGACAAUCAGUUACAAAUACACCAUGUUGGAUUGAAAUAUUUUUAGAUGGUCCAUUAAAAUGGCUUGAUAGAGUUCUCUUUACAAUGCAUGGUCCAAAUCAAUCAAUAACGAGUGUUUCUUAA